AUGUCGAGUCGCCAACAGAUUGACUCCGUCAUCGACGAUGACGAUGAGUUUUGCCCCCUUUGUAUCGAAGAGUUCGACCUUUCGGACAAGAACUUCAAACCGUGUCCCUGUGGAUAUCAAAUUUGCCAGUUCUGUUACAACAAUAUCAAAACCCAAAAUGACGAGGGUCGAUGCCCGAACUGCCGCCGUGCCUACGAUGACAGUACGAUUCAAUACAAGAUACCCGACGCCGAAGAGUUCAAGGCAGAUCUAGCAUUGAAGCAUCGCAAGGCGGCCGCCGCCAAGAAGAAGGAAGCAGAGAAACGUGAAAUCGAAGCCUCCAGCCGGAAGAAUUUGGCGGGCGUUCGCGUGGUCCAAAAGAACCUGGUUUAUGUGAUCGGGUUGAAUCCGACAAUUCGCGACGAAAACCAACUCCUCCAAACGUUGCGCGGGAAGGAGUACUUCGGACAAUACGGUGAUAUCGAGAAGAUUGUGGUCAGCAAGGCGAAGCCCGGUGGUAACCCUCACCAGGGUAUUGGGGUUUAUGUGACCUUCACACGCAAACUGGAUGCCGCAACUUGUAUCAACGCCGUUGAUGGCUCUGCGAAUGGGGACCGUGUCUUGCGGGCGCAGUACGGAACGACGAAGUAUUGCUCAUCUUUCCUCCGGAACGAGCAAUGCAAUAAUCGCAACUGCACUUUCUUGCACGAGACCGGCGAGGAUAGCGAAAGCUAUACUCGGUCUGACCUUUCUUCUAUGAAUUCGUUGUCUAGCCAGCGCCCGAACCCAACACCUCAGGUUACUCACUCUCGCCUCGGCCAGCCAAUCGCCCACCAAAUGCGCCGGCAGCCAAGCAAGGACGACUCGAUCACCGGGCGGCAAUCCAUUCCAGAUGGCCCUGCCCUUCCUUCGUCUGCCAGCUGGGCGAACAAGGAUAUGAACGCAACAAUCCGGACAAGGAGGACGAGCUUGACUGGUAGCCAGGCAUCGCAAAGCCCUCGCCCUGCCAGUGUGAACAUUGCAACGGCCUCUGAAGAAGCUAGGCGCUCCGAGAAACCGUCACCAGUUGUUCAGGCCGCACAACGAGCAUCUCCACCCGAAGCACGUUCUCCUACCACCCAACCUCAAUCCCAACCAAGUGUCACCCAACCAAGUGUCACCCAACCAAGUGUCACCCAACCAAGUGUCACCCAACCAAGACCUCGCGAUGAGAAGUCACCUUCAGAAAUCGCCUGGGAGAAUGUCCUCAAGGACUUCAUGUCUCCCGACUUCCGAUUUUCCUUUUCAACAGCCGAUAUUCCAGCUGACGAGCUGAAGAUCAUCCAAUCCUACCCAUCAUUUAUUGACCCCUAUGGCGGCGUUAAGCGCCGCGCAAUGCGCGAAAAGGCCGAACAGGAACGAAUCAAACGGGAGCAAGAGCUUCUCCAGUCUGUCGCGACCGAAGAAGACAGCCGCGAAGCCGGAAGCCUUCAAUUAGGAGGGGAGCCCGAGAAUUCCCCCGCCCCUCAAGCCCGACAAACCCGCGAAUCGCAUGGCGCUAUUCAGCCACCUACUUCUCAACAAGGCACUGCUGAUAACUCAACCGUCGGAUCCCCUGUUUCUGCGACAAGCCACCAAUUUCAGGGUCUCAACCUGGCUGGUCGCAGUUUGACUCCACUCCAGCAGCAGCAGUUGAUGCUUUUAAAGUCAGCUGGAAACCAGCAGACUGGAUUGUCUGAUUCUUUGAACUCGGCUGCUGUUGACCAGGCAAACCAAGUACGCCAUGGACUUUUGCAAACACAAAUGGCUCAAUUAAAUGCAUUGCAAGCUCAAGGCCGCCAAUCUUCACGAUUCGCUCUAAACGAAACUGGCACAAAGAACAUCAGCAACGCUCGGAUGUUGAGUCAGAUGCAGUCUGGGACACCGAACCCUUUGUCGGCACCAAGCCCCCAACAUACCCUUGCCGGUGGUUUUUAUGCAAGCGGCGUUCAGGGUCCUCCCCCUGGCUUGAAGACAGCAGGAACUCCCCCCUAUCAGCGGUGGUGGCAUGGGCACGGCUUUACCGCCAAUGCUAACCUCGGACUUGGAGGUACUAUCGGGAAGCAAGAUGCGACCCCCGAAUUGAUGCGUGAAUUACUGCGUGGUCGAAGUGGCGCAAAUGUGGGUGGAGUACAAGGCCAGGAGGCCGUAAAGCGUGAGUUCAUGUUCCCUUUUCUUCAACAGCACCAAACCCCACCUCCCCUGACUCCCGUCAAUGGCCUUCUCAGCUCUUUCUAUGGGUCUCAGGCGGGUGUAGCACCCGAAUCCGGUGGCCCACAGAAACAGAAGAAGAAGGGGAAGAAGCACAGACACGCUAACACUUCCUCCGGUGGAGGUGGUGUAGUAGAUCUUGCGGACCCGAGCAUCUUACAGGCAAGGAUGCAGCAAGUUGGUGGCAAUGCUACUGCUGGGCAAGCGUUGUACGGGAGCCAGGGUCAAGUGAACGAGGAUUUCCCUCCUCUGGGCACACCGGUGAAAGAAAACCAGCCCAUUGAUACCUUCGGAUUCCUGAAGUGUCAGCUUCCUAGCGACUCUGUUGGCCGGGUUGGAACCCCAACACUUCCACCUGGACUGCCUCUGCCUCAUGCCCACCCUUCAUCGGCGGCCUUUCAAGAAAAGUUAGGCCUGGGCACUGGAUUUUCGCGGUCCGGAAGUCCAUCGCAGAAAAAUGUCUCUGAGUCUCGCUCUAUGACCCCUGAAGCAACAGAACAAACCAGCUCCAUGUCGGCCCGCAUAAGGGAUGCCUCUCAAAUCUCUUUUGGAUCCCCUGUUGCCAAACCCAGCUCAAAGGCUCGAAUGAAUAACAAGCUGGACUCGGCAGAUGCCACGGAGGAGAAGAGAUUCGCUGUCAAUACCGAGAAAAGUCCCUCUACUGGAAUAAAACCCAGUCCAAUUGCCCUGAAUACGGCCUUGGCUCAAGAAACAACUCCAGCCAAAUCCGAGCGUGCUAUCUCUGGGACCUUUGCCUCCGUGGCAGGAUCAGCGUCUGUCGUUGGGUCACGACCUAAUACCCCACUGACAGCAGCUUCUCGUGCUUCUGAUUCUCCAGCUCCCCGCCAACCGCGAGUUCUGCGCGUUGUAGAAACUCCCAAGCCCGAAGCUCCUCUUCCCAUUGGGACGGCGCCAUCUGUGACUACCGGGGCCGACAAGUCACGUUCUCGCCGACAAAGCUUGUCAUCAAACAGCCGUCCAGAUACACCUGCCGAUAUUGGCUCAGAGGCCGACUUUGAUGUUUCGACCACAGCAUCUCGUGCAAACUCUCCUCCACCUGCUCGGAUUGGUUCUGCUCCAGUUCGUUCUGUGACGAAGAGCCAAGCUAAAAAGGAAAGGCGCCAGAAGGCGAAGGAGGCUGAGGCUAAGAAGGCCGAGACAACGGCUGCUGCCGAAGAGCCUGUUCAGGCUCCCAUAAUGGGACGGAAACGCAAGACCAAGAAGGCGCCUACUCUAACCUCUGAAUUGACCGAUUCGACUGCCAACACGCCCACCGAAGUAGCCAGCCCAGCCAAACCUGCCCCUUCCCCGAAGAAACCCGAGCCCAAGCCCGAACCUCCUAAGAAGGUGAAGGAAAAAGAGCAACCACCUCCGGAGGUAAAGGCAGCACCCCUCAAAGAAGAGCCAACCCGACAGAAGAUUGUCCCAGAAGAGGCCUGGCGCUCUCGCAACACCGUGGAGCAGCUGGUUAAGGAUGCCGAGGAGUCAGGCCGUUCCAUCAAAGACAUUUUUGCGGAACGGACAAAGCCUCUUCAUGAGCUCCUUGCCGCGAUGCACAAAUCCGGUGACCUUGAUCUCAACAAAAGCUCGCUAUUCAACCCCGCAAAUCUCAGCCAACGAUAUGACAUGAAGUGCAAUUCCCAUGAUUACGAUCUCCUCAAGCAACCUAUCGAGUUGACGGACGAUCACCGCAAGACUCUGUUACGUGGCCAGCCCGUGCGAACUGGCUGUGAUGAGCUAAAGAAUCGCGUCCUGAUCACCCCUCGCGGCUGCGUUCUACGUCAUCUUGAGCCGGCGGAGGAACAACGGUAUCUAGAUUUGGAAAAGCGUCGCAACGGCGCUAUUGAUCCGUUUGUUGUCGGCGAUGACUCCAGCAACAUCAACGGCGGACUAGAGGCACUCUUUGCAACACCCGAGAAGUACAACAUUUACUGGGUUGAUGACGACUCAACUCGCAUGGGUACCACUUCUCCAACCAGUACUCUGGAUGCGACUGAGGCCGUGAUUCCACCGAAUGUUAUUUCUGCAAUGGAAGCCGAUAGCUCUCGAAGCCAUGACUGGGCCGUCGCCCACUCGGCCGAACUUCUCCAGACCACCACUGCCGCCGUUCGUUCAUUCGCUGCUGCCACUGCUAAACAGAUGCUUGGCACUGCCGCGCUGCCAGGGAGUAAUCCUAGCUUGGACCAUGUUGCCGCCAUGACCAACGAAGAGCUCAAGGAGCUUUCCGGCAAGUCGCAGAAAGACCUUGAAACUACCCGCAAGGAGUUGGAGUCUUUGGAAAAGAAGUUUUCGGCUUUGCUUCGGCGAAACAAGAAGGUUCAGCACCAGGCUCUCUCUAUCGUCGGAGAUACCAACGCAUGA